GCGAAUCAAUGCAAAGUCAUUCAUUUAUUCCCAACUUGCCCCAUUUGUUUUUUCUUUUUCUUAAUCACAGAUCCUCCCUUUUAUUUUAUUUUUAUUAAACAGAAAAUUGUAACCUUUAAAUUUCUCUCAUUCUUGGUUUCUCAUCAUAUAAUCAAAAGCUCCCAAAGAAAGAAGAUCCCACUCUUUCAAUGGCGGACGUUAAAAACCCUAACAAUCAUCAUAAACAUCAUCUCCACGCUCUCUUGAUCCCAUACCCAUUCCAAGGGCAUGUAAACCCGUUCGUCCACUUAGCCAUCAAGCUCGCGUCGCAGGGGAUUACCGUCACUUUCGUCAACACUCUUUACAACCACCACCAAAUCAACUCCGGCGAUAUUUUCGCCGGAGUUAGAUCGGAGUCUGGUCUUGACAUACGUUACGCCACGGUUUCCGACGGACUUCCUCUCGGGUUUGACCGUUCUUUGAACCAUGACCAGUACCAAUCGUCCUUGUUGCACGUGUUCUCGGCUCACGUGGAGGAGCUUUUGGAGAAUCUUGUCGGAGAAGGUGUGAAUGUGAUGAUCGCAGACACGUUUUUUGUUUGGCCGUCGGUGGUUGCGAGGAAGUUCGGUUUGGUUUGUGUCUCGUUUUGGACCGAAGCUGCUUUGGUUUUUUCUCUCUAUUACCAUAUGGAUCUGCUUCGGAUUCAUGGUCAUUUUGGUGGUAAAGAAACCCGGAAAGACCUAAUCGAUUACAUCCCCGGAGUAGAAGCAAUAAACCCAAAAGACACCGCAUCAUACCUCCAAGAAACCGACAUCUCCUCAGUGGUCCACCAAAUCAUCUUCAAAGCCUUCGAAGACGUGAAAAAAGUCGAUUUCGUCCUCUGCAACACAAUCCACCAAUUCGAAUCCAAAACAAUCCAAUCCCUAAACUCCAAAACCCCCUUCUACGCAAUCGGCCCAAUCAUCCCCUUCAAUCCCAACAAACCCGGUUCAGUCAUCACAACCAGCCUCUGGUCAGAAUCCGAUUGCACGCAAUGGCUCAACACUAAACCCCCCGGUUCAGUUCUAUACAUCUCCUUCGGCAGUUACGCACACGUCACCAAACAAAACCUCCUCGAGAUCGCCCACGGGAUCCUCUCCAGCAAAAUCAGCUUCGUCUGGGUCGUCCGUCCCGACAUCGUCAGCUCCGACGAGACCAACCCCCUGCCCGCGGGAUUCGAAACCGAGGCCGGGGAUCGAGGGAUCGUGAUCCCUUGGUGCUGUCAGAUGACGGUGCUGUCGCAUCCGAGUAUCGGAGGGUUUUUGAGUCAUUGUGGAUGGAACUCGAUAUUGGAGAGUAUAUGGUGUGAGGUGCCGUUGCUUUGCUUCCCGUUGUUGACGGAUCAGGUGACGAAUAGGAAGCUGGUGGUGGAUGAUUGGGGGAUAGGGAUGAAUCUGUGUGGGGAUAGGGGGUUUGUUGGGAGGGAGGAGGUGAGGAUGAGUAUUGACCGUUUGAUGAUGUGUGGGGGAGAGAAGAGGGAGGAGGUUAAGGGGGCGAUCGGACGGGUGAAGAGGAGUUUGGAGUGUGCGUUGAGAAGGGGUGGGUCGUCUGAGGAGAAUUUGAGUUUGUUUAUUGAUGGGCUUGUGAGUAAGGUUGGGUUGUUGUCUAAUGGGAAAGCUUAAUGAAAAAGGAGUGUUGUGUUGUUAUAGAAGAUAAUUGUAUCGUUUUUGUUAUCGGGGGAUAUUAAUAAGUUUUUUUUUUGCCUACUUUAAUUAUAAAUCGGUGCUAAAAUGAAGGGUUUGUUAUAAGAAAGUGGAUACAACUAUUUCUGCUACAAUGCGUUGGAAAUGAGGAAGAACAAAUCAAACAUUUGUAACAUCUUCACUGAUUGAU